AUGCCGAACAACAAUAAACCUUCCCGCCCUGACGACCGCAAGUCUCGUCAUGAUCCCUCCUCGGCCCUCGCACGACCCACACUACUGUCCAAAGCCAUGUCGCGCCUCCUCCGCCACGCCGCUGCGCAGGAGAAGGUCCCCAUCGAUGAACUGGGCUACGUCCGGCUAGACCACCUCCUCUCUUGGCGGGGCCUUUCUAAGUUCCAGCCGGCUGUACAGAUGGAGGAGAUCUUUGCAGCUGUCCGAGACAACGAGAAGCAGCGAUUUGGUCUGAAAUACACGGGUGCGAGUACCGACGGCGUGGCGGCCGCCGUCGAAGAUGGCGCUGACGAGGACAAACCCGCGGGGCAAGCAGUGGUGGAGAACGAGACGCAACGUGCUCUCGCGGUUUUCGAUCAUCGGGCUGAUGUAGAAGCACGGCAUUUCGCCAUUCGUGCCAAUCAGGGCCAUAGCAUGACAGGCGUGAGCUCGGAGGGGCUGUUGAAGCCCAUCACCCUCGACGAUGGUGAUCUGCCCGAGACGGUGGUACACGGCACUUUCUACGGCGCUUGGGAAGCUAUUCUCAAGGACGGCAGUAUCAGGACAAUGGGACGGAAUCACGUCCACUUUAGCACUGGUCCGCCGUUGGAGAUGGCGAGAGGGACUGCUCCUAGUGAUGGCACUCUUCAGGUCGCGGAAGCAAACACAGGAGGGCAUCAUGAUGAUGCAACGGGAACCCCCGAGGUGUCAAGAGGCGGUGCUGCUAAGGGACGACUCGGGAAAAUGAUGGCCGAAGCAGGCGUUGUGAGCGGCAUGCGAAAGGAUGCGGAAGUACUUGUCUACGUCGACCUUGCCGCCUCGCUGAGGAAAGGGAUGAAAUGGUGGCGCAGCGAAAAUGGUGUCAUCUUGACGGAUGGUGUGCUACACUACACUGACACUCAAAAAGAGGGGGCAAAAGCUGCUGAUGAGGAUGAAGUGAAGGGCAAGAAUACCCAAGAAACGAAAUUGGACGAGGACCCUGAGGGUGUGACAGCAGAGUUCUGGAUCGAGAUCGUGGAAGUGAAAGAAGGUCUGGGGACGCUCUGGAAGGACGGCAAGGUGGUAGCGGAGCUGCCUGACAGGUUGAAGGGACGGCCACUGCCGAUGGGAAAGGGUCGGGCCGCCCAAAGGCGAGGCGUGGAAGGAACCAGGGGAGACAAAGGUAGGGGUCGGGGCGCAGCUGCAAGGGGGAACAAACCUCGAUCGAAUGCAGGACGGGAUGACGGACUUGAUGUUUGA